CACCCACGAGCUCAGCUCGGAGCUUUCAAUGGGAGAAAGAAACUUUACUGAGCUAAACAAUAAUAAGAUGAAUUGAUGAAAUGUAUAAAAAAAGAAAAGAAAAGGAAAGAUAAUAGAUAUUAUAUAAUAUAUAUAUAUAUAUAUGGAAAAAUAAAAACCCAGAAAAAUCCCCAAUCGCCUCUUCCCCCAAGCAGCAAAAAUGGCCAAACCCUCUUCUUUUCUUUCCUCUCUCCUCCUUCCUCUCACCUCCGACAAGACAGCUUGAUGAAACCCAGGUGGGUGUUUGAGCAAAUCUCCAAAGUUCGGUUUUUUUGUCGCGGUCAGUGAAGUAAGCCGGAGUGGGAAGCAUCGUCAUCAGCGGAAGCAGAAGAUGAGCGGCGGCGGCGGCAGCUCAUUGGGAGGAGGGUCUGGCGGAGGAGGUGGGGUGUGUUGGCCGCCGUUCACGGCGGCACAAUGGCAGGAGCUGGAGCACCAAGCCAUGAUAUUCAAGUACCUGAAGGCGGGGCUGCAAGUGCCUCCCGAUCUCCUCGCUCCCAUCCACCGGAGCUUGGAGUCCAUGUCUGCUAGGUUUCUUCAGUACCCCACCUUGGGUUAUUAUUCCUUCUAUGGAAAAAAGAUUGACCCAGAGCCAGGUCGGUGUAGGAGGACUGAUGGCAAGAAGUGGCGUUGCUCAAAGGAUGCACAUCCUGACUCCAAAUACUGUGAGCGGCACAUGAAUCGUGGCCGCUACCGUUCAAGAAAGCAUGUGGAAUCUUCUCAAACUCCUGCCUCCUCUCAGUCUCUUCAAACCCCAGCCCUCAAUGUUGGUAUAGGGAGCAACAGUGGAGGAGGAAGGACCUACCAGAACCUGCCCGUGCACUCUACCAGUUCGGUGACCUUGAGCUUUGGGACCCAAUCCCACCCUUCACAGUUGCACAUGGAAUCCACUCCAUAUGGGAGCUCUAACAAGUACAGUGAACUAAAGACUCAAGUAGAGCUGCACAAAUCCCUAGCAGAAGCUUCAUCUGGGAGUUCUCGAGGCCUUGAAAUGAAAUCUAUGAUAGACUUCCAGAACCCAUCAUCUCGAGCUCCAAUGGCCCUCUUAUCAGAAUCCAGAAGUGGUCUGCCACUUCAGGGAAACUAUUCCUCUCUUCAAAAGCAGCAACAGAAGCAGCACUACUUCUUUGGGACGGACUUUAACUCUUCCGGAUCUGGGAAACAUGAGGAGCAGCAACAGCAGCAGCUGGUUCAGCCCUUCUUUGAUGAGUGGCCAGAGACUCGGGAGUCUUCAAGGCCCUUUCUCGACAGUCAGAGAACGGACAUGAGCUUGUUCUCCUCUACACAGUUAUCAAUGUCUAUCGAGAAGGAUCCAUCCCGGCUGCUGGCAAGGGAUGGUCAGUCACCGAAUGAUGUCGAGGGAGGCAUAUGCAACUUCCAAGUUUAAGAGACUGAGAUGGCCUCUGAAGAUCCCAACUUCUCCAUUCUACAAGUCUCUCCGUAUUUAUGUGUAGUUUCUUAAACAGUUUACUGUCUGCUAAGUUCUGAACCUGAUGUUUGUUUGUCCAGAAUGAUUAAUAAAUGUAACCUCCAGUGGGGAUUAGGAUUUUGUAGUUUCCCUUUGCUAUUCGAGCAGAUUCAAUUUGUAGGAACAAAACAUCUUAGUUUGAUGUCGUGAAUGUAUGCGAAUCUGUUCUCCCUCUGUGAUGUGCCAAGGGUUUGAUGAAGUUCCUGAUUAUGUUUUUGGAAUAGUUAUAAUUAUGAAAUCAUUCUUGUCCU